UAUGAUGGAUGCUUUUCCCCGUGAGUUGUCAGAUGAAUUAGAGAUGUCCACCCUGAUUGUAGCAGAGUGCUGCUACUCAGUGGUGAAAGCCUGGCCCAUCCAUUGCCCUAAUGGGGGUUUAAGUACAGCACUUUAUGGAUGAUAAUGCAGAGUAAUGGUAAAAAGUCUGGGCGGGUUGAAGUCUGGCAGGCUUUCCCAUGUUUGUGUGUGCAGCAAUCUAGCAGGAAAUUUAGCCUAGCCCUGAUGGUUUACUGUCAGUUGAGAGUCUUAGCAAUGUCAAUUAGCAAAUGUCAGUUUCAAACCACCCUUUAUUUGAAUGCUCAGCUUGCACACAUAACCAAUUACUGCUGUGGCACCCUGAGAAAAUAAUGCUCCCGGUCUCGACACACUCACACACGUUGGAGUGUCCUGCCAAGAGAGUCUCUCUCCCGCAGUGUAUCAAUUAGAAAUGCGGGUGUACUGUUGACUUUGCAAGUGUCGCUGAUCUGUGGUGAGGGGAAAACCGUUUGGAUGUAUUUUGAGGUCCCGUAGGGGACUGCAGGGACUUGUGGGAAGAUGACCUGAUUUCUAAUUUUCUCCUCUCCUGCCUUGACUGUGAGCUACUCACUGCUACAAACGGAGAAGAUCAAGAAAUGAGUGUGAUUGCAUGAGACGAGCCGGACCUAUUUGGAAUAUGGCCUCGCUGUAAAUCUGGAUUUUGUUGAUGGAUAAACGUGUGGCUGGAAUUCGCUCUAAGUAGAUUCAGGUGAGCCACCAUGGCUAACCUGCAGCAGGAAUACCCUGGGGUCCUCCUGGGGAUCCUGGAGGAGCUGGCCAACAUGCGACAGUGGCUAACAUUCCAGGACCUUUGCCGUAUGGUCAGCACCCGCUUUGACUUAGAGCACCUCAUCGAGCUCAGGAGUUUGCUGUUUGCUGCUGCCAGCAGGGAUCCCUGUUUCCCCGCCACUCUAUUCAGAGACCGUGUUUCCACCAGAGGCCAGGGUCUAUCACCCAUAGGCGUCGCUGCAGACAUAGUAACCAUCUUCAAUCUCAUUCAGAUGACGGGUGGGGUCUCUGAAGACAGCCAGCCAAUGAGGGCCCAGACUGUGCUCCCUGUUGACCAGUCUCCAGGCCCCAAUCUGCCUGGAAUCUACCAGCUGCACAUUCCUGGUCGAGAAAGAGCACGGGCCCAUUCUGACUCCAGUGGAAGGCCCAUCGACCAGCAUUUGCUGUUUCCAAGACCAAGUUACUCAGCCCGCAAGCGAGCAAGUCUUCCCCCGGAUCCAAUUUCAUUUGUGCCCUCCCCUCCGAUCAGGGCAAGGGCUGUGUCUUUUGACUUGCCUCACACCACACUUUUGUACCCUAGCAGCCACAUCUCCAAUGAGGACAUGAAGAAUAUCUACCUGCCUUUAGAGACAGACAGCGAGUCAAGUGGAGAUUCUGCUCAAAUUGAGGUAUUUGAACCUGAACCGGGAGCAUCAGUUGACCAGAAGAGAAACAUCUUUAAGAAGGACUUCCAUAACCAACCGCCUCUAAUACCCCAGGUGACAGUUAGCAGUGAGUCUCCCAGUCCCAGGCAGAAAGGCUUUGACAAUCACAGCUUUGACAUGAUCCCAAAUCCUUACCCGUCGCCCACAACAGGUCACCAUUUGCCAGAGCAGCGGACUAAGCAUGAAAGCCUAGAUGACCUACAGGACUCAACGUAUUUUGGACCCGGGUCCGUUCAAGAUUCAUCGCCCCGACACCUUCAACCUCCCAGGGCACCAAGGGCCAUCUGGAGUAAUAAGAGUCACAGUCUGGAGGACCGGAUAGGCCUGGGCAGCAUUGGAAUGGGGAUGGAAUCACAAGGGGGACAACUUCCAAGACGAUCUACCCCUGCAAUCAGUAAUUUGUCCUCGGGUGGUGAGAGUGGAGAUAGUGGGUUGCCAAGUGGAGGCGAUGGACUCAAGGCACAGGCAACACAGACAGACCCACCCGACCCACGACGACUCCGUAGCCUGGUUCAUGCUGAUCGUCUCUCCUUCAUGACUUCUUUAGAUGACCCUGAGUUUGGUGAGGAUGACAUCAGUGCCAUCUUUCGUUUCUUAGAUGACAUAAGUAUGUGCGGUUCCACCGGAGUCCUGCACCCCAACGAUGGCACCGUUAACCAGGACACCCCUGAGGCCAGACGUGGCCGCCUCGGUCAACUCCAAAGGCUCUUCCACUCUCUGGAAAGCAGUGACGAUGGACUGAAGGCCAGCGUCUGCAAGCUGCUGCUCCGUAUGAGCCAGAUAGAAAGACAACUGGAGUCACUGAAUGAUGUGAAGGCUGAGAUUUCUCAGGUGCUCUCGGCUUUGCAACGACUCGAUGAAAAGAUCCAGCAGCCCAUUAGCGGUGCUGGACAAGGCACAGGUGGGAGAUGGCUUGAGCCUCUCAGUGGUGUAUCUUCUUUUAUGAGCCACCCCAUAACUCCUUCUGAAUCAUCCGAGCCUCAACCUCUGUCUGCAUCUGGGCAUCUGUUUCCAGGUACCAGCACAAGUAGUCUGGACUGGAGCAGAUGGAACACUCCCGGUGAUCAAACUGAAAGCAGUAAGGCUCAAGCGGAUUCCAAGGGUGCCAAAGAAGGGAAGAAGGAUGCAACAUCUCGCCGUGCCUCCAAAACCCAGCCUGAGGAGAAAAGCGUCUCUGAUUCCAAACCACUGAAUGUUUCUAACUCGGCAAGAGACUGGACAGUGGCAUUUUCAAAAAGUAAAGAUGGCAAAGCCUCACAAGGAAGAAGUGGACAGGCAGAUCAAUCAGGCAGCACCACUAACUUACUCUCCCAAAAGUCCACCAACCUAGUGGACCAAGUGUUUAACUCAUCCCUGUUUCGCCACAAAGACACCAGUCUGACAGGGGGUCUAACCUCUGGGAAGGUGAUGGAUCCCAGACUGGCUGAUGGGAGGGAAAGGCGACUAUGGACUGUAGAUGGCAGAGAGACAUCAAUCUCCCCUUUCGACAUGCGGGAUUCUCAGAACCCCAAUAACAUGGAGUAUUGGAUGGACGACAUCUACACUCCAGGGUGUGAUGUUCUGCUCAGGCAUAAAGUGGCUGACCAACGACGGGCCAAGGUGUGCAAGUUGCUUGCACUUGUUGCCACUGUAGUGGCUAUCAUUCUUAUCAUUGUCAUCCCGAUUUGCACCGUGAGAAGAUAAAGGCCACAUAGUCAUUUUUAUUUAUAUUAUUAAUUUCUUUUCACCAGCUAUUUGCUGUACCAAGAAACUUGCACAUCAUUCUCACAGAGAUGAGUAGAUGAGAGGCUGAGACACGAGGAUUUAAGAAUUAGUGAGUUAACUCUCAGUGCCGCACAUUUCUCUGCAUGCAGCAGCAUUAUUCAUUACUUAAAAAAAAAAAAAAAAUACAGGAGGACAACAAAACUUCAAGUAAUUUCUCAUGCCAAGUUAUAUUUUUCUCCAAUUUUCUGUGGUUUCUUGCUUGAUUUACGUUCUUAAUAACUAACUAUGAAAUUUUAAGUAACUCUAAAAUAACAGCUGAAACUUUUAAUACUGAGCCGACGCAAAAGUGUCUCAUUCUCAUUUUGUCUACCCUCCUGCAAAACAACACUGUUACAAAUGCAUUGUGAAUCAGCUUCAGCACUGAGCACUGCCUGACUUGCUCUUCCUUUGAGGACAAUACAGGGCUUAAUCCACUUUUCUGAGAAAUAAUAGUUUCAUCAAAACAUGAGCAUUUUACAUCUCCAGUCUAUGAUAUCUAACAGUACUGGAUGGUGCGUACAGGAACAGGAACAUUUUAAAUUUUCUGUUAGUUUAACUGUUCUUCUACUUCCUUUAAGUAACAAGAUUAGAUAGAUCAAAUGAGCUUAAAUCAAUAAAAAUAAUAUUUUUGUAGAGUUAACUCCCAUCUUUCCCACAUGAGUUGUUUAAUCCACUUGUGAAUGUGUUUGGCUUGUGGGGUUGAGUGUUUACCUGGUGUCUCGUUUCAAGAAAGAUUGUUGCUGCUGGUGAUGCUUUGGCCCUGAAGCCGUGAAGGAAACAUAGAGCCUUUUUCCAGUAAACGCUCUCUAAGUGCGAGAUUCCUUACUUUUAAUUCAAUUGAUGGGAUGGUCGGAGUGCACCUAUGCACAUUAUCUUUUCACAUUACUCAUCUGGCCAAAGCAUUUCCACGUACCUGCAGGCUCACUUAGUAGCAACAGAUAGGCCUGCCGUCUUUUCACUUGUCAGGGGUACGACAUUCCAUUUUGUAAAAACAUCCUGUUAGCUCGGGAUGUUUACUUUUGGGGAUAGGCUAAAAAAAAAAAAUAAAAAAUCCCAAACCAUUACCCUCAUUCAAUCAGUCAUUGCUGUCAAAGUGGUGUUGACUGAAUUCAGUCAUGUACAAAGUUUCAUAUGGUGUGGUCAAAGGAUGACACUCAAUGUAAUCCAACACCAUUAGUAUCCAAAGCCUAAACAUCUGACACCAUCCUAGGCUCCAUAAUAGUAGUAUCUGAAGGGCUAUUUGAAUAGUAUCUUCUCUGUAGAGGGUUAAAUCUCAUACGACGUAACUGGAAUAUCCAUUGUUUUCCUCUGUCUUGCCUCACUUUUCCCAUUGGAAUCUCCACUGCCACUAUCAGUAAAGGCCAAAAAAAUAAAAUAAAAUAAACAAUAGUUAAGCACUUUACUCCAUUAAUGGCGUAUGUACACCUAAGUGCACAGAAGCAAAGCAUACAAGUGGGGGAGACUUAUCAGACGGCUUGUUUGUUUUGCCAUACUUCAAAACUUCACUUUGCUUUGUGUACACAAAUAUGCACAGGAUGUAUAGAGGGUGUGUUCUGCUUCAGUGUAUACUCCUAAUGUACUGUAUAUCUGCCAAGUGUUCCCCGUGGGGCUGUUUGUGGAUCCAUUACCCCUACAGUGGUGCCACUGAGGAGGUUUAACUCUGCAGUCAGCACAAUCCGCAGGUGCUUCCUCUGAAACUUCAGUGCAUUAGCACGUCCUGAUACUUCUUUCACUCUGGAGACGCAUGCAGAAAAUGUGACUUUAAAUGUGGACGUUGUGGCUGUAGAGUCCAUGCACCUUUUAGACAACUCAAGUCUGUGAACUCAUAAUUCAGGUAAACACUCUGUCUUAAAUACUGAUUGUAAAUUAAAUGAAAUAUGUGCAUACUGUAUAUUACAGUGCAGUUCUCUGGUGUGCAACGCUUCAUAUGAUUGCGGGGGUGUGUGUUGACAUAUUGCCUGUCUUAAUAAACUCUGAAAAAGGGGUUACGUGUCUUUUAAAUGCAAUUACUUCCCCCUUUUUUCGUGGUCAAUGCGAGUGUACUUGCAGAUAGAAGAAUUAGUCCACUGUGUUAAAAAGGUCAGACAGUGAUUGGUGUAAAAAAAACAGUCAGUUAAAUAAUCUAUGACUGGAGGAAAUGUAUGUAUAGAGAUGAAUAAUUGAUAAAGACAGUGAAGGCGUAUUGACUGACAGAUCCUAUUAUCUCAAAUCAAAUAUAAUAGACUUGU